GUUCUGGAAGAAGGUACAUGACUUACCAACCGUGCGUCGUGUGUAUGUAGCCUACUAUCGAAUGAAUAGGCGAUUCACGCUUUGAGACGCAAGCAAAUAAAACAUUGCCUCCGGAAAGGUCAUAGUGAUUCGUGAAUGAGGUUUUCUUGGCUGAUAUUUGUGAGCUGACUUUGGACGAGCGAGCGUCAGCGUGCAUCUGAAGCUGCGUGGAGAUUUUGAAGACUGUUGCGCACUCGGUGAUCUUUCUCAAGUCUGACUUUUCUUUUCUCUGAGAGUGACAGAGCUCUUUGGAUUGAGGACUUGAACACUUGGAGUUAUGGCGGCGUCGGCACCAUCCUCCUCCUCCUCUGGCGGUGAUCCGGAUCCCAACUCGACAAAUUUACGGCCACCUUCCUCAAACUACGACUGGAGUGGAGUCGCCCAUGGAUGUACGAAAAAACUUGGAAUGAAGAUCUGCGGAUUUUUGCAGAAGAACAAUAACGUUGAGGACAAAAGCCGAAUAGUCGGCUUUUUUAACGAUCAACAGCCCUCCAAAAACAUUUUAUCACGGGACAACGAGCGAGACUCAAGCUUCAGACGCACAGAGACGGACUUCUCCAAUCAAUAUGCAAGAGAUCUACUUCCUGCCAAAAAUGGAGAGGAGAGUACAAUCCAGUUCCUGCUUGAAGUGGUGGACAUCCUCACUAACUAUGUGCGAAAGACCUUUGACAGAUCCACCAAAGUGCUGGACUUCCAUCAUCCACACCAGCUGCUGGAGGGAAUGGAGGGGUUCAACCUCGAGCUGUGUGAUCAGCCAGAGAGCCUGGAGCAGAUUCUAGUGGACUGCAGAGACACACUCAAAUACGGAGUCCGGACAGGACAUCCCAGGUUUUUUAACCAGUUGUCUUCCGGCCUAGACAUCAUUGGUUUAGCUGGAGAGUGGCUGACGUCUACUGCAAAUACUAACAUGUUCACAUAUGAGAUCGCACCAGUGUUUGUGCUAAUGGAGCAGCUUACCUUGAAGAAAAUGCGAGAGAUUAUUGGCUGGCCAAAUGGAGAAGGGGAUGGAAUUUUCUCACCAGGAGGAGCGGUUUCGAACAUGUACAGUGUGAUGGUGGCACGGUACAAACACUUCCCUGAGGUUAAAAUCAAAGGCAUGGCAGCCGUUCCCAGACUGGUGCUCUUCACCUCAGAACAUAGUCACUAUUCUAUAAAGAAGGCAAGUGCAGCACUGGGUUUUGGCACAGAGAAUCUAAUCUUGCUGAGCACAGAUGAGAGAGGUAGAGUCAUUCCCGCUGAUCUGGAGGCCAAGGUCAUUGAUGCCAAAAAGAAGGGGUUUGUGCCGCUGUUUGUGAAUGCCACAGCUGGAUCUACAGUAUAUGGAGCCUUCGAUCCAAUCAGUGAGAUCGCUGACAUCUGUGAGAAAUACAACAUGUGGCUUCAUGUGGAUGGAGCGUGGGGCGGAGGACUGUUAAUGUCCAGGAAACACAGACACAAGCUGAACGGCAUUGAGAGAGCUGACUCUGUCACAUGGAAUCCUCACAAGAUGAUGGGUGUUCCACUACAGUGCUCUGCUAUACUGGUCAAAGAGAAGGGUCUUCUUCAGGGCUGCAACUCCAUGUGUGCUGGGUAUCUCUUUCAGCCUGACAAGCAGUAUGACGUCACCUAUGACACAGGCGAUAAAGUCAUACAGUGCGGCCGGCAUGUAGACAUCUUUAAAUUCUGGCUCAUGUGGAAGUCAAAGGGUACCAUUGGCUUUGAGAAGCACAUAGACAGGUGUCUGGAGCUAUCUGAGUAUCUUUACCAUAAGAUAAAGAACCGAGAAGGAUAUGAGAUGGUGUUUCAAGGGGAGCCUCAGCACACAAAUGUAUGUUUCUGGUACAUUCCUCCAAGCCUGCGUGGCCUGCCAAAUGGAGAGGAGAGAAGAGAAAGGCUUCAUAAGGUUGCCCCCAAGAUCAAGGCCAUGAUGAUGGAGUGUGGAACAACAAUGGUGGGCUACCAGCCUCAGGGUGAUAAGGUCAACUUCUUCAGAAUGGUCGUCUCCAAUCCAGCUGCCACCAGGUCAGACAUCGAUUUCCUGAUCGAAGAGAUAGAAAGACUAGGCCAGGAUUUAUAAAGGGCACGCAAGUUGGAAUUAAGAUGUUGGAAAAUAGAAAAGACGUUGUUAAGUAUUGUCUCUGCUAGACAUUCCAGAGUAUUAGGCCACAUUUACACUAAUCAGUUUAAGCUUGAAAACACCAUUUAACAGUUUUCCAAAAUAUGUGGUAAUGGAGAGCAUUUUCAAUUGUCUCCGUUCAUGGUUGAGAAAAGUGCAGUAAUAGUGAGAAUGGGAAACAAAAAAACGUAGCAAAAGAUCUGAGUUUUCAAAUGAAAAAUGCUUAGACUAGUGGAGCACUUUAGAAUAAUGAACCACUUGGAUGGUCUAGAACUUUCUAGUAGGAUCACAUUCUUAAAUGUUGAUCAAGUAGAUCAUUCUAGAAAUGGAGAUGGUGAGCUCCUUGAGUUAUAAUUACUGAAGGACCAGAUCCUAUGACAUUGUAUGUCUUCUCCCUGUUCUGUUGUCUAUCUGUCGUGUAUUGUUUGUUCUGUCUUUUAACAAGAAAUAUUAUACUCUAUAUUGAACAACUGUAAUUUAAGGGAAUGUUCUGGGAUUUUCAAUACAAUUACCAAAGAAAAUAAUUUUCGACUUCUCCUACAGUUUGUUAAACAAACAAAAAUAGCAGCUACAAUAGUGCAAUUACAAUGAAAUUCUAUGGAGCAAAGCAUAGCAUUAUGAUUGAAAUAUCAAUACACCGUUUUGAAAGUGUAGCCACAGGACCCACACGUUAUGCUUGUUAUCAUAAGGCUAGUGUGAUAAAAACACUUACUAACCUUGUUUUUGCAGUGUUUAAUCAUUUUUAUUUAACUCAUGUAAAGACAAUACAUGUAGAACCCAAUACAAGAAGUGCUACCAUACCAAGUUUCCAUUAGUACUGGAUUAUAUACUAUUAGUAAUAAAGGUUUCAAAAAGGGGUUUAUGCAGAAAGUUUUGGUUCUCCAAAUGUUUUUUAGUAAAAUGUUGCUCAAAAGAAAAAAACUAUUUCACAGCUUUUCCUCUACAAAGAACCUUUUGUGAAAUGAGAAUGUUCAAUGGAGGUUAAAGGUUCUCAGAUGCUUGUAAAAAAAACCUUUGCUAAGUCUAGUUAGUUUGUCUAGUGCUCUUGGAAAAAGAUGUGUCUUAAUCCGUUUUCCAAAUGGGUGAAAGUUGGGAGUUUAUUGCCUUAAAGGAACCGAGUGUGAUUUAGACAACUUGAAAUACAGUUCAAAUAACACAUUUCAGUAUGCAUGAUUUAAAAUAAGCAAUUUAAUAAAAAGAUAACCGGUACAUUUACACAUCUACAUCCUCCAGAGUGCCUUGCUCCUUAGACUUCCAAUCUAUAUGUGCUUUACCGGUCCUUUAAAUUAAAGUCAAGAUUAUUUUCUGUAUUUAUAAAACUCUAAUUGUUUUGAAUCCAGAACAUUUUCUUAAAAAAUCCAAUAUUCUGCUCAAUAAAAAUCAAUAAGGUGUUUGAGAAUGUACUGUAAUAUAUCAUCUAAUGACUGUAUGGACUUAUAUUGUUGUUUGUGUGAUUACAGAGUCAAAUGCAUCAUUUCUUAGCUGUAAUAAAGACCGAUUAUGUAUGUAUGUAUGUACCAAUGUCACCGCACCAAGUACUGUAUUGAAACACCAUGUUUUCAGAAUUUAUGAACUUUGUGUGAAUUGUGAUUGUUUGUGACAAACAUCUACAUCACAUAGUUUUACAGUUAGAGAUGUUUUAAUAGUGGUAAAUAUUAAAUAGAGAUAUUUGCUGAGAUAUUAUUUAUAUCACAAAAAUAAUUGUGUGAAAAAGAACAUUCCCAGAAGAGAGAGAGAGAGAUGAUUAAGAAAGUAGUAUGCUGAUAUUUGGUCAAGCAAGAAAACUGUCUCUCCAGGAGCAGUAUACUUUAUUAAAAGAUGUCAUUAGAUUGAGUCCAUUAAGGUUUAAUUUCUAGUUUAGGCUAAGGCUUAAAACAUUUACACAUUCCUAAAAAUCUACAAACUGUAGGAAACUAUGCUAACAGUUUGUGUACACCAUGCUUUGCACUGAAGGCCCUUUGUGUGUAUUAACAAACAUACGUGCAUUUUAACCCACAGGCAUGUCUGGUAUUUGUGAAAUAUUGCUGUUCACUGUCACCAAUACAAAUAAACA